AUGCACACGUGGACUCUGGUGCUCGGCGUCUCGGCUUUGCUGCACACAGCAUAUACCGCCAGCUCGUCAGGUUCCAGCAAGCCAAACGGCGUACUUAACACUUUAACUACGAGCUGCAAUGGUGGCUGUGGCAUCAACGGUGCCUGCAUUAUCGUGGGUCAAUCCUCGAUUAACUAUAUCAAUUGUGUCAAUGACACCAAUUGCGUCACGUUGUCGUCGGGACAGUCGGCGCGUUGUCUUGCCGUCUUUGACUCAACAGCUACCGAGUGGAUCUUUCGACCGGCGGAGAGCAACGACAAAGCAGGCACUGGACCUUUUGAACGCUUGGGGUUAUUGCAACUGGCUGACCAUGUUACAGAUCUGACCUUUAGUAAGGCAGAAGAGGGAGAGGAACCAAUUUCCGGGUCGCUGGAACUCGCCUCGAUGACUAUCCAUCCGGAUACCACGCUAGACAAAGUGACGUUUCGAAAUUUGACGCUGAACGGAUUGGAAAACGCUUUGCCACUCAAUAACAUCAAGAGAAUAUAUUUCAACAAUUGCUCGCUUCGUGAGAUCCCCACAACUACAGUGGCUGGAGACUCCGUCACUGUCAUUGACCUAUCCAGUAAUGCUAUCGCUAAUAUCGGCUUCGACUUUCAGAGCGAGUCGUUUCCAAGACUAACUAUUCUUAAUUUAUCGUCAAAUGCGUUGACUGACUUUAAUCUUGUAGCAAACAACUUUCCAGCCAUCACAACCCUCAAUCUUCAUGACAACUCGCUGACAUCCAUCCCCAAAGUAAUCUUCAGUCUCUCGACGCUGCAAUUCUUGACGCUGGCUGACAACCCUAUCAAUGCGUCGGAUCUGACAGUGCAACAGUUCGCGUUCCUUGCCAAUUUGCGUACGUUUACGAUUGAUGGCAUCACCAGCACGCGCGUAUGUCCGACGACUGUAAUACAGAGUGCGCUAAAUAAUUCCUUUACGUUCUGUGUGGGGGCUGGCGACGAUACUCCGGUAAAUGCUAGGGUUUCCGAGGAGACUACGACAGACGCACCUGUAACCUCUGACGGCAAUUCUUCGCCAUCGCACAAGACAUGGGGAGUUAUAGGUGCGUGUCUUGGGGCUUUCGUAUUGGCAUUGGCCAUCAGCAUUAUUUGGUGGUGUUGCCGUCGACGAAGAAAUGAACAACCGAAGCUCACAAACAGUACCAUUCCAAUAAUUGCAAUCGGCAUGGGCGACCUGUCGGAACAUUCGUAUAUGGAGCUAGGUGUUUCCUGUUCCACCAACGCCUCCAGCCGGAUGACAUCGGACUUCCAAUUACUUGCGUCUGUGGCAGAUGGCUACAUCGGGCUGACUCGGCUGUCCUAUCGUGAUGUUUUUCUGCACAAAAUGUUGCGUGUUAGCAGCCGCUCGGAGCUUUGGCUUGGCGAGUACAGGCAUGAGUCUGUGCUCAUCAAGAAAAUCAAGACAAACACUGCUUCAAAGGCAUUGCUACGGGACUUUGUGACAGAGAUCGAGCUAAUGUUCGAACUCAAGCACCCUCGCAUUGCUGCCUUCCGAGGCGCUAUGUGGGAUGCAGAUGGUACGGAGCUCUGCGCUGUCGUCGAAUACGUUGAAAGGGGUGCUUUGCGAGACUGUACGAUAAGCAAUGCCGUCAAGGUGCCCGUAUCAAAGCAGCACUCCAUCGCCCAACAGAUCUCGGAGGCUAUGGCAUUUUUGCACAAGCAGGGCAUCGUGCACGGGCGAUUAAAUGCGUUCAACAUCCUGCUGGACAAAGAGUACUCUGCCAAGCUGAGUCUUUUCAGUAUCUUUCAUUACGUCAAAUUUUCACCUUUGGACAAUGAAUGUAAAAUCUUCGUAGCUCCCGAAGUUCUGCGCGGUGAGCAGCCAACGGAAAGAUCAGAUGUUUACGCAUUCGGCGUGGUACUUGUGGAGAUCGAUACUGGCGAGACCCCUGUGAUGAACGCUCGAAGACUGUCAAUGGAGAGGCCGAGCUUUGAUUACGGUCUUUCUCCGACUGCAAAGAAGACUGGAUUCCACUUGAGUCGUCUCUGCUCCGGAAUAAUGAAGAAAACGAUUGCUGCAUGUCUGGAAAAGGAUCCCACACGACGACCGUCAAUGGCUGACGUGGCGUUAGCGCUCAAGAAUAGCGCGAUAAAGCUGUAA